AUGUCCCUCUCACUGUCGUCGUCAUCGCAGCGCCUCUUGGCUUGGAAUCAGGCCUUCUGGGCUAGGACAGCAUUCGACAAGGCGAAGACCGUCUUCUUUCUGUACUUCCUGCUCUCGCAUUACCUCAAAGCCCAUCGCCAUGUACGAGCAAGAGGCUUCGUGACGUCGGUCAAGGACAUCUACGCCUGGAUAGCUCACGCUAUCAUUAUGAUGGUUCUACGUUUGCCUAGCAUGAGGUCCAAGGUCACCCAACAGAUGGAUCAGGCCAAGCUCGACAUUGAGAACAAGUUGGUUCCCAAGGGAGCCGAAGUAGUCCGGCACCUGUCCCUACCGGAAGAAGGCAAAUCGCUCGAAUGGAUCCUCGCCGAAAUGGAAAAGAUGGACACGGAGCUUGAGCACAGAGGUGAUUGGCGUCAUGGGAAACUAUCUGGUGCUGUUUACCAUGGUGGUGACGACAUGGAGAAGGUCAUCGUGACGGCGUACCAGCGAUACUGCGUAUCGAAUCCGAUCCACCCCGACGUGUUCCCAGCUGUUCGUAAGAUGGAGGCAGAGAUCGUGGCAAUGUGCCUUCGACUAUUCAAUAACCCUGAUGGUGCCGGGACGAUGACUUCUGGUGGAACAGAGUCCAUCAUCAUGGCUGUUAAGACAUACCGGGACUGGGCGAAGGCGGUCAAGGGAAUUACUGAGCCAGAAAUGGUCGUGCCGGCUUCUGCUCAUGCGGCAUUCGAUAAGGGCGCAAAAUAUCUCAAGAUCAAGGUUCAUCUGAUACCAGUGGACAGAUAUACACGACAGGUUGAUAUCAAACAUGUCAAGCGCGCUAUAAAUGUGAACACAAUCAUGCUUGUAGGAUCCAGCGUCAACUUUCCCGAUGGCAAUCAGGAUGAUAUCGUAGCCUUGGGUGUUCUGGCAUCUACGUACAACAUUGGUCUUCAUGUGGACUGUUGUCUUGGCAGCUUUAUCAUGCCUUACCUUGAGAAGGCGGGCCUGGCGGAGGGUGUAAACGGCAAAUAUAAGAUGAUACCUUUCGAUUUCCGCGUAAAUGGUGUUACUAGCAUUAGCUGUGACACGCACAAGUAUGGAUUCGCACCCAAAGGAACCUCGGUCAUCAUGUAUCGCGAUGCUGCAUUGAGAGAGUACCAGUAUUACGUCUAUCCGGAUUGGAUGGGUGGCGCAUACGGAAGUCCUAGUUUCUCAGGCUCUCGACCGGGCGCGGUGAUCGCUGGAACUUGGGCUGCAAUGCAUUACAUGGUGAAGUGUGCACGGUUCAUCGCAGACACGAUCAGUUCUUCGGUGCCGGAACUUUAUAUCUUGGGAAAUCCACCGUCCUCGGUUAUCGCCUUCGGUUCCAAGCACCCGAAGGUGAAUAUCAUGGAGGUUGGCGACAAGAUGGCCGCGAGGGGGUGGCACUUGAAUGCGUUGAAUGGAACCCCAGGUGUGCAUAUUGCUUGCACGAGAUUAACGGUUACAAUGGCGGAUACGUUCAUCGCUGAUUUAAGAGAUUCUAUCAAAGAAGCAAAGUUGAAUCCUUCUGGCAAAGGAACCAUGGUAGCGCUCUACGGGUUGGGAAAUUCUAGCACUGUCGGGCCGUCCAUGGUGAGACAGCUGGCCACGGCGUUCUUGGACACGAUGUACAAGGCGUAG